AUGGAGGCCACCCCGAUCUCCGUCAAGCCCCCCUCGCCGGCCCCGCCCCAGCCCCCGCACCCGCACCUCACGGCGGCGGUGCCCCUCUCGGCCAUGGAGCCCCCGCCCUCGCCGCCCCCGGCGGUGGCGGCGGCGGCGGAGGGGCCCGACGCGCUGCCGGAUCCCGGCAGCAUGAACCAGCUCGCGCUCGCCACCACGCCCAAGAGGCAGAAGGUGGAGGACGCCGCGGAUGGGUGCAAGCAUUGCGCCUGCAAAAAGUCCAGAUGCUUGAAGCUGUAUUGUCCAUGUUUUGCUGGUGGAGGUUAUUGUUCUGAAAAAUGUGGAUGUGUGCCAUGUUUCAACAAGGCUGAUUUUGCAGAGACAGUUCAGACCACUCGCAAGGUGCUACUUUCACGUCAGAAACGGAUGUCUCUGAAAAUUAAUAGAAGACUGGAGGCUAAUGCUGAAACUAUGGAAGACGCACACAAUUCUUCUUCUUCAACUCCACCAAGGCGAGGUUGCAACUGCAAGAAAUCAAGUUGCCUAAAGAAAUACUGUGAUUGCUACCAGGAUGGGACUGGAUGCUCCUUAUUUUGUCGAUGUGAGGAUUGCAAGAAUCCUUAUGGGAAAAAUGAAGGUUUUAUGGCGGACGAAAGCAAGCGUUUUAUAUACACCGGUGCAGAUCUGGACCAUAGCGAGGACGAACAUGACUUCAUUGUGGAGCGCUCGCCUCGCCUUCAAUCACCCAUCUCAAAGGAGUCCUCUUUCCAGCACACCCCGCCUCGCAGCAAGGCCUCGAGCAGAGACACGCACCUGCUGCCGCAGGUGCUGUCGCAGUGGCAGCCGCGCUCAUGGCAGCAGUCCUCGAAGAGGCAGGGCAACGACCACCGGGCGGUCGACGACUCGGGAGAGAACAACAAGAGCUCGAGCCACGAGUGGCAGCUGGCGAAGCACCAGGUCCAGGAGGACACCUACAGCAUCUCGCGGUGCGUCCAGAUCCUGAACGGCAUGGUGGAGCUGUCGCAGGUGGAGAAGUCGGUGGCCCCCGACGUGUUCCUGCAUCCGGGCAACCGGGAGAUAUUCGUCUCCCUGGGGCUCGAUGUCCGCGCCCUGUGGCUCAAGCGCAAGAUCCAGCACCUGACUUAG